GAUUGGCUGUCGCUGGCUGGGUUCAAACGAUAUUACGCAUGCUCAGACUCCCUUUUACGGUUAGCUUCUGAAACCUGUCAGCUCAGCGAAGCGUAGAUUUUCUUAAUACCUUCAAAUAUUUCCCAGCACUUUCUGCCUCCGGGCGGAGAAGAAUAGUGAAAUCUACCUGUAGGUGUCACCGAGCUUGGAGUGUAACUUUUCCACGUGUGUCGCUGAAAGAAAGCGCAAAGAAUGACGAGCAUUUCAAAGCGGAAAGAAGAAAGUCAUCUAGUGAAUGGAGGUGUAAAGCAGUCCACAUGGAGCAAAGCCUUCAACAGUAACGCUGUUUGGGAAGAGAAGGACGAGUUCUUAGAUGUGAUUUAUUGGCUCCGACAAAUUAUUGCAAUUGUCCUUGGUGUGAUGUGGGGUGUAGCACCACUAAAAGGGUUUCUGGGAAUAGCCAUAUUCUGCAUUAUCAAUGCUGGCGUCCUGUAUGUAUACUUCAGCAGCUUUCAGCAGAUCGAUGAGGAAGAGUAUGGGGGCACGUGGGAACUCACCAAAGAAGGCUUCAUGACAUCUUUUGCCCUGUUUCUGGUGGUGUGGAUAAUCUUUUACACAGCUCUACAUUUUGACUGAGGAGGAAUCUGUAAGACACUAAAAACAUUGAACAUUUCUGCUAAAGUAAAUUGUCAAGAUACAAGAACUCAGUGGUAUGGGAUUAUCAGUGCUACUACAUAAAGUAUGGCUUCUCAGUGUGCAGUGCAUCAUGGGAAUUGUCUUUGGAAGAUCCAGGAAGAACACCGCAAUGAAAAUGUUCAAAUGCUGUCUUUUUUUUUUUUUUUUUUUUAGUUUCUAUUGAAGGCAUAUUUGAUUCAUUCAUUUCCUUCAACACUUGUCUGUUAAAACACUAAAGGCACAGGAAACCAUUUGGUUGAAUCGGUAUAAAUUUUUAUAAACAGUAGCUUGAUGAGCGACAUGAACAUCGAUUUCGGGGUGAAGCGGAAACGAAUAGCGAGCAUGGCCACUGUUCUCGCGGGUUAUUGCUCACAGGCUGGCCAGUCAGGUGACAGGUGCAGGACAGUAAAAACAGCGUGUCAUCAUUUAGUCGAGAGGGUUCAAUCAGUCCACGGUUGAAUGUUAAAUGUCUCCUUUUAUUUCAGGGACAAAAAUCCACCAUACUGGAUGAACAGAAGUACUAGUAAAAGAUUCAAUCUGUGGCUUCACUGUUAAUCCCCCAAUCUACCUUAUGUAUAUUUGUCUCUUUCUUUUUUUUUUUUAAGAUCUUAGCUGCCUUAAAGUACAGCAUAUUACAGCUUACUGUUAUGGUUACCAGCUACAGUAUAUGUAUGUCUGUAUUUUGAAGGCUGGAGUUAUGUUUUCUUGUGAAAUAGAACUCCACCCCCCCCCCCUCAAGUGGAUAUAAACCUUCAAUUUCUUAGUAUUUCUAAAGAUCUGCUGUCAAAUUUAACGAAUGUGAAAAUUGUAGCUGGAGUCUAACUUUUAAUAUUGAAAUAAAUGCUGGUUGUAAGAGCGUGUAUUGGCUAAUAUCCUAUCUCAGUGUCACUAGUGUCAAUGUGCUGCAGGAACAGAUAACUAUCAAAUUUAUCUCUCCAUACAUGUUCCUCAGUGGAAAAAGUGAGGAAACUUGCAUGUUGUGGUCAUAUGCAAUUAACAGAUUUAAGUCAAACCUGAUCUGUUAGAAUUAUUUUAAUUUAAUGUCUUUGAUCUGGAAGCUACGUAUGAGAAAGUCUUAGUUCUUGUGUUGAAAUUAAUUUAAACUUGUCUGUAAAAUGUCUGCAUUGUCCCCUUUCUUAAAUCCAGCUUGUAUUAUGCAGAUUUAUUUGUAUUUAUGCCUUGUUUGAUUAAACAUUUUUCAGUAUUUUAUCAUGAAGAACUUCAAAAAAAAAAAAAAGCAGUUCAUGCAAAGUUAAUACAAUGGUACUGUUAUAUUAGAUAUGCAGCUGGUGUUUGAAAGGUUUGUAUUUUCUGAUCAAAAUUUUGGGAAUCAUUAAACAUGGGCUUUAUUUGGCCUCCAUUUUCAAAGA